AAUCACUAGCGACUUUUGCUUGUAAUUAGGAGCGCUGUGUGGGGGUGUAUCUUGCUUUCGUAGUGACAUUGCAGAUUAGCUAAAACUGUGAAAGGCGCUACUAGAUAUUAUAGAACGUCAAAUUCAUCAACAUUCUCAGAGCCCAUCGGUGAAGCUGAAAAUUUCACUAUUCUAAGUUCUCCUACAGUGAGAAAUCCCUCAUCAUCUCUCGUAGUCAUCCGCUUUGAUAUAAAAUCCAAGCCAAAGCGGCAGAAAACCUGCCCCACAAUUUCUCUUUUCAGCUUUGUUUCCCUGACGUAACAUUCAUCAACUCAUCUCUCCCACAUCGCGAAUCCCAUUCAAUUAUCAUCCACCACAACAUAUCAGAUAAUAAACAAAUAAUCCAUCAUGAUCGAUCACAACAUCUUCGAAGACCUGCAGGCCAAGAUUGACGAGGAGGCCGCGGUCCGCGAUGAGCUUCACGAUAUUGUGCAGACGCUUGCUAGAAAGGGAAGAUCUACCCAGGCUAUUCUGUCGCGAGCUCAUUCUACUCCCACUGAUCAGUUGAAACCCGUUCUCGAUGACGCAACCAAGGAGAUCAUCGCCCAGAGGGAUGAAGUAUCUCGGUUGAAGACCGUGGCGGACAAGCACCCGUUUUACAAGUACAAUGGGGUGUGGACGCGCGAGUUGCAGAACCUUGUCUCGUCGAUCGAGCUGUGCGCUUGGCUGGGCGGACUGGAAGAGUACAAGACGAACAGCUCCUCUUCAUUUCUGACGAUAGAAGAGGUUGGAAAUUUCCUGGGUGUCCCCGUGAAUCUCAAGGAACAGGAUGCCUUCCAUCUCACUAUUGAGGAGUAUUUGCUUGCGCUAAUUUCCAUGGUCGAGGAGCUGGCCCGUCUGGCUGUCAACUCGGUCACUCUGGGUGACUAUACCCGGCCGGUGCAAAUUGGCAACUUCAUCAAGGAUUUGUUUGCGGGCUUCCAGUUGCUGAACCUGAAGAAUGAUAUUUUGCGGAAGAGGAGUGAUGGAAUUAAAUACAGUGUUAAGAAGGUGGAGGAUGUCGUUUACGAUCUCUCUUUGCGCAAUUUGAUUCCCAAGGGUAGCGCUGCGGCGUAAAUUUAACACAGAGACUUAAAUUAGCAUAUGAUAUGAACAUGAAAUAACGACACUGUCCAGGACACGGCAGUUGAAGAGUUUCGUUUCGCAACCCCACUCUCCUAGAGUAAUGUAACAACCAUUAU